AUGGGAGCUUCGGAAUCAAAGCUCCGUGUCGACGACUCGAGUGAAGCGCCACGGCAGGGGUAUCAUGUCGUGCGCGUCGCAGCAGGCUCGCCCGCUCAUCUUGCCGGCAUCGAGCCCUUCUUCGACUUUUGCGUCGGCAUUGACGGCGUAGCACUCGAUCCGACAAAAGACGUCGAUGGCGCCAGAGACGCUACCGGCUUAGGUGCUUGGAAGAGCUUGGAAGAGCGCGAAGGAACACAAGUCGUUCUUAACGUGUGGAACUCGAAACGACAGCAGCUUCGUCAAGUCAGCCUCGUGCCGUCGCGUCAGUGGUCAUCUCAACCCUCCACCAGCAGCAUCAAUGGCACCAGCUCACCGGCAACGUCCCAACCAUCCCUUCUAGGGCUAUCGUUGCGACUAUGCAAUCCGUCGCAGGCGCUUUCGCACGUCUGGCACAUCCUGGAGAUCCUGGAAGGCUCGCCUGCCGAAUCUGCUGGCCUCGUGCCCUUUGGAGACUUUGUCAUUGGCUGGCCAGGCGGGGUCUUGCAAGCAGAAGGCGACUUCUACGAGCUGGUCGAGGCACACACGGAUCGUGCAUUGCGGCUCUACGUGUACAAUUCGGACUACGACCACACGCGAGAGGUCAUCAUCGUUCCCAAUCGCGAGUGGGGCGGAGAGGGUCUGCUAGGUUGUGGCGUCGGAUACGGUUUGCUGCAUCGCAUUCCAAAACCCCAAGAUCUGCCCAAGGUUCCACCAGAGAUGUCCUCGCAUGAAGAGAACGACCAAGCGUUACCGGAGGAUCAGAUGAAGACACCACGUAUCGGCGGACCUCCCUCCGUGUUCGCGACACCAGCAGGUACCUCGCGCUUCGACGAGGAUGAGUUCAGCACGCCGAUCGCCAACACAAGAUCAUCCGCAUCGAACGGCAUGCAAGGUCGACAACUCUACACCAGCAGUCACGUUCGAGACGACGACGAGGAAGAGCAAGACGAUUACCAAGCCAAUCGUUCCGGCGUCACGGUCAGCAUGCGGCGAGAAGAAGACGAUGAAGAGCAAGAUGACGUUGCAGACUUGGCGUAG